AAUCGUACUUCUGUUGUUGAUGGCCGAGUGGGAGAAGAUGGCGAAGCGUUACAUAGAUCAUAGCGUUGUCUACCUUUGAAACUUUUUUCUCCUUAUCGAAAUCCAUGGCAAGCCCAUGGAUUCUAAAAAUCUGAAGUACAUACUUCUCUUGUUCUGUUUUUUUCUUGACUAUGGACAUCUUAGGGAAUCGCCGGCGGUCGCCUGUUCAUCUGGGGCUGACUGUGGAAUUGGCGAAUACUGCAAUCGAUUUUUUCAGUGUAAAAGGGAGAUAAUUCUUGAUGAAGAUUACCCAGCUUAUAGCAGACAACAGCUACGGGAAAGAAUCAAUACCAACGAAUACAAUCCCAUUGAGAAUGACUAUGAACAGAAUUUUAAUGAAAGGGAGGCAUUUCCACCAGGUCGGCUGGACGAUUCUGAAUGGAUCUUGAAUGAGAAUGAAUAUGAAAAUAGCAGAGAUGAUAGAAAUUUAAUACUGUCUCUGGCUGGAGAUGAUGCGCGCUACGAGAGAAGAGGGCUGAAUAAGUUACCUGUACGUGGUGGGCCUUUACCACCUGAGGUGCUGGAGAACUGGGGUCAGAUCAAUGCAGGCAAACAUGACGGUACCACAGAAAGCCCUCACUCUGAUCCAGAACAGCUUAACAAAGCACACCAUCAAGCUGAAUAUGAUUAUGAUGACUUAAAAGCUAGAAGACAUAUACGACAACAUGAAGAAAGUAGAGAUUCUGUACACAGUGUAGGCAAUAUACNGCAAUGCCCAUCAUGCUUCGCAAAUUACCCAGCUUAUCACAGACAACAGCUACGGGAAAGAAUCAAUACCAACGAAUACAAUCCCAUUGAGAAUGACUAUGAACAGAAUUUUAAUGAAAGGGAGUUUCCAUCAGGUCGGCUGGAUGAUUCUGAAUGGAUCUUGAAUGAGAAUGAAUAUGAACAUAGCAGAGAUGAUAGAAAUUUAAUACUGUCUCUGGCUGGAGAUGAUGCNGACUGGCACCAGACUGGAAAUUAUUUGAAGCCCUGA